AUGGCCAAGGGCAAGAAGAUCCAAGCAGCGCCGGCCGCGGACGCCACGCCCAAGGCCGCCAAGGAAGCAACGGCGAAGAAGGAAGCCAAGGCGCCCAAGGAACCCAAGGCGCCCAAGGAACCCAAGGCGAAGAAGGAAGCCAAGUCUGCCAAGGAAGCCAAGUCUGCGAAGGAAGCUAAGCCCGCAAAGGAAGCAAAGACGGCCAAGACCAAGGCGCCCAAGGCGGACGUCGCCAAGGCGCCCAAGAAGGAUGUGCCAAAGAAGGCAGGCAAGAAGGUUGCGAAGGAGACCACGACCGAGGUGACGACGACGGCCGCCAAGUCGGCUAAGUUUGGCCAGAGCUGGAGCAAGAAGGAGGACAAGAAGCUCGUCGCUGCCGUCAAAGAGCAGGGCAAGGGCCAUCAGGCCAACUGGAAGCUCGUGGCCAAGAGCGUGCCGGGCCGCACGGCCGGCGCGUGCCAAGGCCGCUGGAACACGGAGCUCGACCCGCUCGUGGACCGUCGCCCGUGGACGCCCGAGCUCGACGCGAAGCUCCUCGAGCUCUUCAAGGACGCGGCGUACGACUCGUGGAGCAAGCGCGGUGCGGCGCUUGUCGAAGGCUUGACGUCGGCGAGCGGCGAAGCCAUGCGCCGAUCGGGCGCCGACUGCUCCAGCCGCUACGCCAAGCUCACCAAGGCCGACAAGAAGAAGAAGGCCAAGACAACCGAGCCGACGGCCACUGCCGCGGUGUCGUGGGACGACGAGACCGAGGCGCCCGAGGCCGACUUGAGUGCGAUUACGGUGCCGGCGGCCGCCAAGCUCACGCGCAACCAAGCCAACCGCGCGCGCCGUGUCGAGCGCCGUCGCAAGGCGGGUGCGGCCGCCGCCGAGGCCAAGAAGGCGGCCGCGGCCCUCGACGCCGAGAACGAGAACGACGACGAAGAGCAUGAACCUACAAAGCGCAAGUUCAAGGACGUGUCGGGCAACAACAAGCCUUUCAAAAAGGGCCCGCCGACCAAGAAGUUCAAGAAGCACUAA